AUGGUGCCAGGCCCCGUGGGAUUUGUUCCUCUAUAUACUUUGUGGAAAAGUUUGAGCAGCAGAGCCAUAAAUGAACAUAAGGCAUAUUCAAUUAAGCUCCUCCGAAGCCGCCGCCAUUUUCCGCCCCUGCCGGAUCGCUGCUGUGACUCGGCAGCCGCUCGCUUCACUACUCUGCAGCCUGAGCCACGGGCGCCGCCCGGCCCUAAGAGGGAGGCCCUGGCCGGAACGUGCGGGGACGGCAGCUGCAACGUCAGGAAGGCCAGGCUCCGACCCCGCCCGCAGUGCCCCGGCGCCGACAGCUUGCGCCAGCCGGCGGGAGCUAGCGGGCAGCAAGGGGGCCGGACAGACUCCACUGGGCGGAGCGGCCCUGGCGGCGGUUGGGACCUGAAGGUUCCAUCGCACUUACUUCCUGUUUUGGGUCCGGGCACUUUGGAAGAACCAGGAUGGAGGCUCCAAAAAAUACCAGGAUGGAGGAAGCAGCCACGGGCGAGAGUGGCUGCAGCUGGAGUGAGCGAGCGCGACGAGCCACCGGAAACGGAGCUGCGGCCGCGCCCCGCCCCCAGCUCCCCGCACGCUGCCCCUCCUGCUCGUCUGUCCCGCUGGCGGCCCCGCGUGCUGGCUGUACGCGUCACUUCCGGCUGUGUCGGCGCGCGAAAAAAGAUCCUGGUUUGGAAUGUUGGUACUGGUCUGUGGCGGUGGUUGUCGGCUGUCCUGCCAGGAAAACUCGGCACUGACUAUCCCACUACUGAUGCUGUAAAAGAGGAACCAAAGAGAAGUGAAGGAAUGUGUCCAAGGGCUCCCAAGUUGGCGGUGGAAUUAGAAUUGAAGCCUCAGCUCCAAAGCCUGUGUUCUGAACUACCCGGUUGCAGCUCACAAAAUAGACUUUGGCAGUACUUUCAUAACGAAAACAAAUGAUUACAACCAGUUUACAAAUGCUUUGCUUUACUUUACUGGAGGAUCGACAUGUUUGACUACUUUUCAAAAAUAAAUCUCAGAAGCAGC